AACACCGCAUUUUCGGCCUUUUCUGUGUGUCACUUUCACAGAACGUGUUUGGUUUUGUUCUUAAAUUUCUCACGAAGUCCCUAACUAGCAGAGAUGGGUAGGGAGAACAAAGCCAGUUGGAAGGCGAACUACUUCACCAAAGUAGUGCAACUGUUUGACGAGUAUCCGAAAUGCUUCAUCGUCGGUGCGGACAACGUCGGUUCCCGCCAGAUGCAGACGAUCCGUUCGUCCCUGCGUGGCCUGGGCGUCGUGCUGAUGGGCAAGAACACCAUGAUGCGUAAGGCGAUCCGCGGUCACUUGGAGAACAACGCCAACCUGGAGAAGUUGCUGCCGCACAUCCGCGGAAAUGUGGGCUUCGUGUUCACGAAGGGCGACCUGAACGAGGUGCGCGACAAGCUGACGGAGAGCAAAGUGCGUGCCCCGGCUCGUGCUGGUGCUAUUGCGCCGCUGGCGGUCAUCAUUCCGGCCCAGAACACGGGCUUGGGCCCCGAGAAGACCUCCUUCUUCCAGGCGCUGUCCAUCCCCACGAAGAUCUCCAAGGGUACCAUUGAAAUCAUCAAUGAUGUGCCCAUCUUGAAGCCAGGAGACAAAGUGGGAGCUUCCGAGGCGGCUCUGCUCAACAUGCUGAACAUCUCGCCGUUCCAGUACGGUUUGCUAAUCGAGCAGGUGUACGACUCCGGCAGCAUCUUCUCCCCGGAGAUCCUGGACAUCAAGCCGGAGGAUCUGCGCGCCAAGUUCCAGGCGGGCGUGGCCAAUUUGGCGGCUGUGUGCUUGCAGAUCGGAUAUCCAACUCUCGCCUCGGCUCCGCACAGCAUUGCCAAUGGAUUCAAGAACCUCCUGGCCAUCGCCGCCACCACGGAAGUGGAGUUCGAGCAGGCCACGACCAUCAAGGAGUACAUCAAGGAUCCGAGCAAAUUCGCUGCUGCGGCCGCCGCCUCGGCUCCAGCCGCUGCCGCUGCCAGCAGCGCCCCGGCCGCUGAGGCCAAGAAGGAGGAGAAGAAGGAAGAGUCCGAGAGUGAGGACGACGAUAUGGGCUUCGGGCUCUUCGAAUAAGAUUUAUUCAUCCUCGUCUCUUGUGAUAUCGUGGGAAUGUGUGGGAAUUUUAGAGGGUAUUUUAUACAUAUGGAAAUAUCGUCGCCUCAUCACGACCUUCCCUCUUCCGGAACCAUCCUCAUGAUGUUGCCGCAGACUUGACGAUGUUGCAGUCCAUUGAAUAAAUGGAUCAGGAAAGAAAA